UCUCUAUCUUUCUCUCUCUAAACAGUUCUAGAGAGAGGAGGAGGUUGAUCAUGAUCUACAAACUUUGUUAACAAAGGUCAUGAUCAUUUCAUCUCUUUCUCUGUCAAUCAACAACAUUCCCCACGUCAACAUUUUCGGCCUCUCUUCCUUUCUUCAAUUAUCGAAACAAUGGCAUUGUCGGAAAGAUCGUUACAGAAAUUUGUUAUCGAAGAAAUGGGUGGAUUCACGCAUUUCCUGUUAUGGGCCAUUCUCGAAUGGAUAUUGAUCGCGUCUCUUUACAUCGAUGGGUUUAUUGCGUUCAUGACAAGUAUGUUUGCGAAUAUCUUCGAGCUGGAACCACCGUGCGUGCUUUGCACGCGGGUUGACCAUGCACUCGUGCGUAAUGACCCAAAGACAUACUAUAACGAAUCCAUAUGCGAAUGUCACCAAAAAGACAUAUCUUCUUUAGCUUUUUGUCAUGUUCAUAGAAAACUCUCUGAUAUUCAAAACAUGUGUGAGGGUUGUCUUCUCUCGUUCGCAACCGAAAAAGAGAAGUCCUUCGUUGGGAGUCAGCAAAAGGACGAUGACGGGUUUAAUGAUGAUGGCGAAAGCAGUCUUGAUGUGAAAAGGUGUUCGUGCUGUGGCGAGCCUUUGAAUACAAGAGCUUCGACAAAAGAUUAUUCUAGAAGCUUUUCGAACGUUCGUGCUUCUAUAAUAGCAACAAGUUCUCCAAGGGUGAUUUCUUCUCCAAAGGCGAUAACGUGUUUCACACCAACAUGGAAAACUGACGAGUCGCGAUAUACAGAGCUGAAAUUUGUGUCUGAUAGCGAACUAGAUAUGCUACCAGAUUCCGAAGAAAACGAAGAGUCUUCCAGAACUCCAGAUUUACUGAAAAGCAACAAUUUCUUCGGGAUCGCACUCACGGAUUCAAUGGCCGUUAGUCCGAGGUUUACUGGCAGAGCUCCCAAAAAAGCAUCAUUAGAAAAAUCCAAGUUGUCAGAAACAAACGAUGAAACGUCAGGAGACGGUGAUUCAACUCUCAAACAGUUGAAAAAACAAGCGCGUUUGGACCGAAAGGCACUUCAGUCAUUGUCGAUGGAGCUAGAAGAAGAAAGGAGUGCAUCUGCGGUUGCAGCUAACAACGCAAUGGCAAUGAUCACACGGUUACAAGCGGAGAAAGCAUCUGUUCAAAUGGAAGCGUUACAGUACCAAAGAAUGAUGGAAGAACAAGCUCAAUACGAUCAAGAAGCGAUUCAAAUACUUCAAGAUAUGUUAGCUAAGAGAGACGAACAAGUUAGAGUUAUGGAAUCAGAACUCGAGAGCUACAGAGAGAAAUAUGGAGACGUUAGGAAAGUAGGUAUGGAUGAAUGUGAAGCUGAUGAAUAUUACCAUGAGUGGAGAUCUCAAACUUCGUCAUUUUUUGGCGAGAAAUCUCCAGAGCCCGUGACCCCGUUUGAACACGAUUAUGAAGAGCCCGUGAGCCUGUUUGGAAACGAGCCCCCAAGCUCAUCACCAAUGGAUUUCAAGGAGUCAAGGGCUCAUGAGGAAGAUGAUGAAAGCCACUCCGGAAGAUCAGUAGAAAACGAAGGGGAUACAUAUGAGGAGCCAUUGUUAGAUUUCGAAAAUGAAAAACAUCAGCUUUAUAGUAUGUUGAGGGAUCUUGAAAACCACAUGGAGUCAUCUUCAUUGGAAGAUGAAGACGAAAAUACAGCGCAAGAAAGUAGGGUAGCCCUAAAAAGAGAGGUAUCGCAAAUUAAGGAAAGAUUAAGAGUCUUAGAAGCAGAUAGUGGAUUCUUAAAGCAUACUGCAAUGACACUUCAAAAGGGCGAAAAAGGAGCGGAACUCUUAACAGAGAUAGCCCAACAUCUAAGGAAGUUGUGUCACUCAGAAGACAUAAGCACAAAAACUACCUAAAUUUCUCCAAAACUUAA